GAGGGCCCGCCCAUUUUUCGUACGUGCUAAACCAUACUGAUUCUGAGUUCUGAAUUCGGAUGGUCAUUCCAGUUUUCGUAGGGUUUCUUUAAUUCUCUUUCACCAAAAUCACGGUCUAAACUCCGGCGAGAACCCUAAACUCUUUGACGAAUUGUUAAGUCUCCAGGUAAUUUUCUCUAUUCUUCCAUCUCUCUGCUCUACUUGUUGAUUUUAUUAGAAAUUGAUGAGACCGUAUUUUGAUUCCUGUUUCUUUUUUGAACACUGUGUUAUUAGUUUCAGUAGCAGGUUCCUUUAUUGGCACUUUCAAGCAGAUUGUGAGAAGGCAGUAUUAAAAAGGAAGGAUUUUUGCCAUUAGGGUUCUUGAGUGUUUUUCCUCCAUGGCUAAAGUUAUGAAAUUUGAGAGCAGUGUCGACAGGAUUAGUGCCUUACCUGAUGAAGUUCUUAUUCAUAUCCUCUCACUUCUUCCAACAAAAAUUGCAGUUCUCACCUCUGUACUGUCAUCAAGGUGGAGAUAUCUUUUCACCUCCAUCUCUAGACUAGAAUUUAAUACUAAUGUUAAAAAUGAUGCUAAGAAGGCAAAGUUGUUCAUGAAUUUCAUAGAUAGAGUUUUGUUCUUUCGUCACAGAGACAGACCAUCUAUAGUAAAAUUCUGUCUCUCGUGGGAUGCAUUUAUUGAUCCUUUGCGAAUUGACGGAUGGUUACGUGCGUUGAUGUUCCAUAAUAUUCAAGAGCUUUAUUUGUACAAUAUUGAUGACCAGUUUGAGGCACUGCCCUUCCCAGCAAGUUUAUUUUCUUGUGAGACACUGGAGAUUCUGAAAUUUAACUUGUCCUGGGCAUCUCAUGAUCUACAAGUCCCUGCUAGGAUUUGUCUCCCAAAACUUAAGGUUCUUGAGAUUGAAGGCAUCGGAUUUCCAGAUGAUGGUUCUGUUAAAAGACUAUUUUCAAGUUGCCCAGUUCUUGAAGAUCUGGUUUUGUAUGGAUGUCGUUUCAGGGAUCAUUACUCCAAAUUCAUCAUAUCUAAUCCUUCUCUCAAGAGACUGACCUUAUAUUUCAUGAAUACUGACCGGCCAGACCAGAUUGUUCAGAUAAUAGUUAAUGCCCCAAGUCUUGUCUAUUUGGACUACUGUUUUACUAAAGAUUAUUCCCUUGUACUAGCAGAUGUUAGCUCUCUUGCUAAAGCUGUUAUUAAGAGUAAGUCUCUAUAUCCUGAAGACUUUGUUCCUGUUGCACCUGAUGUUUUCAGAGGGAUAAAGAACAUUCAAUCCCUUGAAAUAACCAAUUAUAUUUUAUACGAUCUCUGGCACCAAAAGAUUCCUCUUCCUUGGUUGGAGAAUAUGAAUGACUUGAAAAUCUGUCAAUGGGACAUUGACCUUGGUUCUGAUUGCCUGGAAUAUUUACUCACCCAUUGUGUCGUUCUAAAAAAACUUGUUCUGGAGGAAUACUCACCUACAAAGGGUACUGGAAUCAAUUACUCACUGAAGCGGUCUUCACUGAGUCCUUUGUUGUCUCACCUCAAAACAAUUGAAAUCCAGUCAUUCAGAAUGGAAGCUGAAUCUCAUAUGGAAACCAUUAAGUUCUUUCUGAACAAUGCCACAAUUUUGGAGGAGUUGACGAUUUGUAUCAAGCAAAUUCUUCCCGAACAACAGUUGAAGAUCAUGAAAGAGUUAUUGACACUACAAAGAGCCUCAAACAAAUGCCAAGUGAUAAUCGAUAUCAAGAAUUAGCUGCUCAUCUUUUAGUCUUAAUUAGCUGUUUUUAAUGUCUCUUAAUCUUGCUUAUAUGUCUAAAGCAAUGACAGAGAAUCAUUAUUUUCUUUUGUUUUUGUUCA